AUGGAUUGUCGCAGUUGCGACAAUCUACUUGCUGUAGAUGUUUGUUCAGCAGCUCCGGAUAUUUUGAAGUCCUCAGCAGAGGUAGAGCAGUCGACACAACCGCAGACCUUCCCUGUGAAGUUAACGGAUCCGUUCACGGCUAUUUUGUACGUGACGAACGACAAGAAGCACAUCGAGGAGCUUAAGCACACCAUUCAUGUCCACGAAAUCAACGAAGCACCGCCGCACGAGCAACACGUUUUGUCGCUGCACCGGCACGGACAUUACCUUGGCGGCCUGCCCACGUCAUUUUGGCUAGCCAUCACCUUUCUGGUGGUUGUGUUUCACUUGUUCCUGUUCAAACUUGUAUACAACGAGUAUUGCGGCCGAACAACGAUCGACACGGAAAGUGCGGCUGCUUCGAAACGAUCCGCCGCUGCUACGAUGCUUGCAAUAGCCACUGCUACUUCGGAACGUUUCCGCGUCAGCACUGACAAGGCAACUGUGUUUAAGCAGUAA